GCAAGUAAACAACAUGUCAACUGCGGAGAUGCAGCCCAAUCGCGUGAGACAAGAUGCGAGCGAGGAGAGCGAAGCAAGCACGGAAAUAGAAACAUUUCCAUUCAUGACGCUGUCCCCUGAAGACGGGCGCGAAUUCUACCUCUCAGCCUACCUCGUCGACGUCCUCAAGACGCCACCAGAGGACGAGAGCGAGCUACUGCUGCAUAUGCGAUCGCGCAAGCACAGGCCGAGGCUCGGAGACUUCGCAAAGUGCGUCGUCAAGUGGGAGUCACGUGGUCUGGAGCAGCACACGCCCAUUCGUGGAGGCAACAUGCAGUUGCCACUCUUUCAUUGGGUUGCACUGACGGGCAGCUGUGAGCUCGUUGAUUGGCUGCUGAGUCGAGGGUAUGAUCCUUUCUUGGGUCUGCCCAACACGAAUUGGACGCCGAUGCAUGCGAUUGUGAUGUCACUGAGGUGGAUCUUUCCUAGUGGAUUUAAUUCGAUGUGGAGGAAUAUGAAGUGGAUGACGUAUUUGGAGUCGAUUGUGAAUAAGUUGGCGAAUACUCUGGGUGUGCAGGAUGUGAAUAUGGAUACGCCGAUUCAUCUUGCCGCGAGGCGUGCCGAUCUGGAGGACGUCGGGAAGAGGUAUUACGAACCGAUGCUGAACUCGAUGGUGUGGGCUGUGAAGGCGCAGGGGGAUUGUGCGAAUAUGGUGAUGGCGAAGCAAGACAAGGAUGGGAAUACCGUGUUGCACUUGUUGGCGGGAAAAUGUAGUUUGUCGCCGAAACCGUCUGUUAACUGUAUUAGAGCAGGGGCGCCUCUUGACAUCGUCAACAACGACAAUGAAACCGCAUACCAAAUUGCAAUUCGUCACAGCCUCGACGAUCUCGCAGACUACCUUGAAAUCCAGUCCGACUUUGACGAUAAGAGUAGCAACAAUACUCCAUCUACGACCACCAACGUUCCAUCUACGACCACCAACAUUCCAUCUACGACUCUGACUACGACUCCGCAAGAGACAGAGAACCAAGAGAUAGAGAAGGAAGAGAUAGAGAAGCAAGAAGAGAUACCAUUCAUUAGAGCUAGCCGCUUUCCACAACGAAGCAGUGCUUAUAAUCCUUGCACAAUUAGGAAGAAAAGAAGAGUCUCGGGGAAGAUGGUGCGGGCGACGUCUGCGAAACGGAAAUACGUCAUGAAGUCGAAGAUUACUCGAAGAAAGAGUGCUUCUAGGGGACUGGAUUAUAGGACUACCGCUUCUUUUUCAAAUGACCCUCUCACACAAAUCACACUUGACUGUGACCUUGAGGGACAAAGCCAAGACUUCACAACUCAAGAAUGCUCCCUUCCCAUUCAGCUUGCCAGAAGUAGCAAAGAUCAAUCAACACCACCUCCACAGACCAAUACAGAAAAUAUCAAGGGUGGUUCGUCCUCGGAGAAAGAAACCAUUGAUGUCUCGACUGUCAUGGAGAUUUUGGUUGGUUCGGGUGUGUGGAAGCAAGUGCCUAGUGCUGCCGUGCAGGCAAAGCAGAAGCUACAAGCUGACUUGGAAUGUUACCAGAAGGAGGUGACAGUCAUCAGCAGAGCAAUGGAGACGACUCAACAGGAGCUAGAAGAGAGGAGACGCCAUCUCGAACAUCUCCAGAAUGACAUCUAUUCCAUUCGCGAACAAGUCCACCAGCUCGAAGAUCAAGAGCAGCGAUAUCGUCAACGAGGUCGCAUUCUAUCAAACCAACUGCAGGAGAUCCUAGAGAAAAUGAGAAGGCUCGACAAAUUUACGGGAGGAAUGGCCUCAAACAGCAGUGUAAGGGAGGAUGUUUGACAUGAUAGCAAAUAGCAUUUUAUGUGAACAAUGCUUUUGCAAUCUGUUGACAGUGAUUGUUGCAUUAGCCUUUAUUUUUGUGUGUAGAUCUCAGUGUUGGUGUGUGCACUUAGUGUGUGCACUUUGUGUGUGUGUGUGUGUGUGUGUGUGUGUGUGUGUGUGUGUGUGUGUGUUGUGUGUGUGUGUGUGUGUGUUUGUCCAUGGUAUUCUUUGUCAUUGGUCUGUCAAUUCUGAUACCGUUUUUUGCUUAAUUUUUACUAUAUUUUAAGAACCGGUUUUUAAUAAUUAUUGUGUUGCUUGUUGGCAGAAAUGUACUACAUGUGUAGUCUACUGUGCUUCAGUAGGUACAAUGAGUACAGGUUGAGGGUUGAAUAAAGUCAUUAGAGUCACACA